GACCGUGCCGUCACGUCGCCGUCACUGCGCGCGCCGUGCGCCGACUUGCUCUUGGCCGUGUCACCGUCGCUGUAUCGUUGUCGUACAACCGUCGUCGUCGUCGUCGUCUGGUCGCCGCGCGCGCUUUUUACACCGCUCUUGACGAGUGUAGCAUAAUAUAUUAUACCUGUGUGAUAUUACUGAUAAUAAUAAUAAUAUUAUACCUGUGUGAUAAUAAUAAUAUUAUAAAAAAAAAAUACAGAUAUUAUAUAAUAAUAUAUUAUUGUUUUAAUAGUAUAUAUAAUAUAUAUAACAAUAUCUCACUAAAUUAUAUUAAUUAUAAUAUUUUUCGUCGUCGUUGUUGUUAUUAUAUUGUUUUUAUUUUUCAUCGUUGUUAUUGUUUUUGUCGUGGUCGUCGAUUAUAAUUAUUACACAGCAGUUGUUUUCGCGCGUUUCGUCGUCGACUUAUCUUUCGGUAUUUUAUCGAAAUUUUGGCGUUCGAGUUACGAAGUACCCGUCAAAACAAUCAAAAAAAAAAAAAAAAAAUAACAAAAAACGAUUUCACGCGUUCAAACGGUUUCCGAGAUCGAGUGCCGGCCGACGAUAUAAUACAGUUCUGCGAUACGUAUAGAGUUAUUAUUUAAUUUUUUUUUUUUUUUUAAUUAUUAGAUUUAAUUUUUCUAUACGUUUUACGUGUUUUCCUAUUUACCCGUCGAUCCUAACCUAUAUGACGCAUAGGUUUUCCGAUUGUGCGACGGAAGAAAUAUUCUCAAAGGCGACAAGAUUGUACAACGCAAGAAAAACAUUAUUACGAACUUUUCGAAAAGCCGUUAGAUGUUUGAGCGCGCCGUUACCGUAUAAUACGCCAUACGUAUAAAUUCACAAGACUAUACUAUUACAGUCUGGGCCGCAGGCGACGUUCACAUCAUCCCGUACACAGGACCGUCGUUUCCGCUCACCGUUUUAUUGUAACAUUUUCACGAUGGACGCCUCUCUACUGGCAUCGGCCACCACGACGGCCGCCGCACAUACGAUCGCAGUGGCCACGUCCACGACCGUGGCCACCACGAUAGGCCGGAGCGGCCAGCGCAACGGCACGCACCGCGGGGCAGUGAACGUGCACGGCCGUCUCAUGUACGACGAGAUCGUCAUCAACGACGUGUGGAUCAACGCUAUCCUGUCAACGCUGGCCCUGUCGUGCGCCGCUUGCGUGUGCUUGUGCUUUUUAUACUGCAAAAUUCAACAAUGGAAACAUGGAGUCCAGCGGAGAAGGAACGAAAAGAACUCUAGAAAGCACGACGCCGACUCGCUGCCCAGUUACACGAUCGUCACGGGGCUGCCCACUUAUGACGAGGCGUUGGAGCGCAUGAGGGGAGGCUACAAUCACGGUGGCGCGGCCUCCGUCCGCGACAACAAGCCGCCGCCGCCUCCGCCGUCCAAGCCCGUUAGCGUGUCCGUGGUGUGCGUCGACGACCCGACGCCGCCGAAGCCCGACCCCAAGUUCGGGCUGGUGUCGCACAGCCUGUUCGUGCACGACGACGGGUGCAGUCACUGCCUGUCCGUCCAGGAGCUGUUGGAGACCUACAACGUGCGAUAGGCCUGCACGUCCGCCGCUGCCGCCGCCGCUGCCGCUGCCCACCACCCCUCCCUCAACCCUACACACACCCCGCAACCCCUCUCGCCCGCCGAGACGCUGCCCGGUGUAAUAAUUUAUUAUUUUAAUAUAGGUACCUCCCUACCUAAUAAUAUAAUAUUAUGUUAUCGAUAGAAAGUUAUGAUAUGUGUUUAUAUAUAUAUACGCGAUGCGAUGCGACGGACGUCGUUGACGAUUUUCUCCGAUUUUUCGUCGAUUUCACACGCCACGCCGAGAUGAGUAGGUUAGGUUAAAGGAGAUUAGGUGGGAGUGUAACACACUGUAUAGGUAUAUCGUUGUGUACCUAUGUCCGCGAUAAAGACGCGCUCGAGAGCGUGGCGCGUAAGUCUAUCGCGUCCAGACAUGAGCUGCAUAUCGCGUAAAGCCGAUCAUAUAGUAGACCCAUAACAACCCCAAAACCAGAAAAAAAAAUCGUAUAUUCUGCGCGCCCUCCCCCCCCCCCUAUUUUGUGGCCGUAAAAUAAAACAUACGCCUAUUGCGCGUACGGCGCAAAUUACGAUGAUAGUUGAAGGUGCACGUUUUGGCCGCGAAUCAGAAGUUCCAAUAUUAUGUACACUCAUCGACCCCAUAGAUAAAAAUUAGGAGUAGCUAAGCGGGACUAAGCAGCUAAAAAAAUAUUUUGCUUUCUCCACCCUAAAAACAUUGAUCAGAUACACCAUACACAGCGUAAACAUUAUACACCACAAAAAAGAUAUUUAUCGAAUUUCCCCAAAAUAUAACCAGCUACCCCCUCAAAGAAAAAAAUGUGCAUCGCAUACCAUAUUUAUCACACAUCAUAACUUGUUAUUAUGAUACAACUCGAGUAUUCCUAGUAGUAUGCGUGUAAAGAUUGAAUUCAUCAUAUAUGAUUUCAUUAUAGAGAAAAACCUGCAAAAUACCUAACCAAUAUUUUUAAUUCAAUUAUAAUAUAAGUAUUAUAACAAAUAAUUGUUAUACAAAAAAAUAAAAAUUUAUCGCAAAUAACACAAUUAAGUACUUUACCCUUAAUUCAACGCCUUCAUCUUUGGGUAUUCUUUUCAACUAAUCAUAUAAAUGUCAUAUAACAAUUUUAAAUGUUUUAUCUACAUAGAAUAUAUGGUAUAUAUUACCUAUGUACUAUAUACGCGACUGCAAACAGGCGUCAUACUAACGAUAAAUAAAUGAACUUAUGAACAACUAUUACGGUCAAAAAACCGAUUUUUUGCAUAGUAUCUCACUAUGCACUAAUUUUAGUAGAAAUUUUUUUUUUUAUUUUUGAAGGGGGCUCGUGUUUGCUCUCGUUGAGCACUCCCAACGAACAUUCGAUGUAAUACGCGUACCUAUAAUUUGUACACUAUAAUACAAUUAAAAUCAUAUAUUUUGUACGAUUAAAUUUCCGUCGAGCUUUUAAGAUCGUAGAAAAUUGUCCCCUAGUGACAUAGUAUAAUAUUAGUUAAUAACCAACGAGCUGCAGCGUCGCCGGUGUUUAUAAUAGUUCAUAAUAUUUCACCGGAACGCGAACACUUUUAUUUUCGUCAUCCAGGCGGCACUUUUCUCUCGCCCCCCCGUAUCAAAAAUUUGUAUACCACGGUUACCUCCACAUAGAGGGUUCGACUAAUGUUGCGUAAAACGCACCGUAUUAUAAUAGUACGACCCGCUAAGAUAUUACACACCAAUACACGCGCGUAAAGCACGCGUGCGGCGCCGGCAGUUCUAUAAUAUUAUAUUAUAUAAUACGCUCCUCGAAAAGCCUUUGUGCGCGCGACUUCCGUUACGCUUGCGACUUUGACUUUGUGUUUUUGUUUUUUGUUGUUGUUUUCUGUCGGCAUACGCGCGCAUAUUAUUAUAUUGUAUGCGAUGUGUACUUGAUCAUCGAUCGGUAUACGAGACUCGUACUCGAUUUGACGACAUUAUGAUGUUGAAUACUAUUUCGAUGUAACAUAAUAAUAUAGUAUAAUAAUAUCAUCGAUAUCAUAUAAUAUCGUGUUUUGUGUCGAAAACUAAUUUUCAAACCGUUAAGGUGGUCUACGUUGCUUUAAAUAAAAUAAUA